AUGGGUCUCCUCGGCAGGGAUAUAUUUGGGCUGCUUUUUCUGGCGAUAGUCUUUGCAUUUACAAGGACUGGAGAAGCUCAAUCAAGAUCCUUUCUGAUAAACUGUGGCACAAAUUCCAGUAUCACUGUGAGUGGGAGGAAAUGGGUUGGUGACUUAGCCACUAACAAUAACCUCACUCUGAGUUCCUCAGGCAUUGCUGCAUCCACUUCUACCUUAAGUGAUGAUUCAACAUACGGGCCACUCUACAAAACAGCCAGAGUGUUCACCAAUGGCUUCAACUACACAUUUCAAGGUAUUAAGGGGAACUAUUUUGUCAGGCUCCAUUUCUCUCCUUUCUCCUUUGAUAAUUACAAUGUAAAUGAGUCUUCAUUUGGAGUUGUGGCAAAUGGUCUAAAACUGUUGUCAGAAUUCAGUGUUCAUGGUGAGAUAUCAAACAAGAAUGCAUACUUGCGGAGUUCAGGAAGCAAUUCAUCUUCUUCAUUGAUUAAGGAGUACAUUUUGGCCAUCAACUUGGAUUUACUUGUCAUUGAGUUCAUCCCAGCUAAGGGAUCAUUUGGAUAUAUAAAUGCAAUCGAAAUUGUUCCGGUAGUAGAUACACUCUUUGCAGGACCAGUUAGUAAAGUGGGUGGAAAUGGUGCAAAUCAAAACAUAAGUUGGCAAGGGAUUGAAACUAUGUAUAGGUUGAAUGUUGGGGGUUCUGAAAUUAAUCCCAGUCAGGAUUCAGAUCUUUGGAGAACAUGGGAAGUGGAUUCUAGCUACAUGAUCACAGCAAAUGCCGGGUUCGAAAUAAAAAACAGUUCCAAUAUUACUUUUUCGUCUGUGAAUGAUUCCUCAGUGGCUCCUCUUCUUGUGUAUGAAAGUGCAAGAACUAUGUCCAACACUGAAGUCUUGGAGAAAAAGUUCAACAUGUCGUGGAAAUUUGGAGUGGAUCCUGAUUUUGAUUAUUUAAUUCGACUGCAUUUCUGUGAGCUAGUUUAUGACAAGGAAAACCAGAGGAUUUUCAGAAUCUACAUAAACAAUAGGACUGCAGCGGAUAAUUUCAAUGUUUUUGUCCGGGCAGGGGGGAAGAACAAAGGGUAUCAUCAGGAUUUUUUUGAUGUGGUGUCUCCGAAAGUGGACACACUAUGGAUUCAAUUGGGUCCUGACACUGCAGCUGGGGCUGCAGGAACUGAUGCUCUCUUGAGCGGCUUGGAGAUUUUCAAGCUCAGUAGAAAUGGGAAUCUUGCUUAUGUGGAGAAGUAUGGUAGAGGUGUAUCUUCACCUCAAAGACGGAGUUCAAAAACUCAACUUCUUUGGGUGGGAGUUGGAGCAGGUAUAGCUUCUGUUGCCAUUCUUGCUACUCUCCUUUUCUGUUUCUGCAAUAGAUGGAGACAAAAAUCAAGUGAAACCAAAAACAAUCCUGCUGGGUGGAGGCCAUUGUUCCUUAAUGGCUCCAUUGUAAACAGCACUGCCAAUGCCAAGGGAGCAGCCGGAAGUCAGAAUCCAUAUGGUUCUGUGGCCUCUAUUAGAGUUGGCAAGCGUUUCAUGUUAGCAGAGAUUCGUGCGGCAACCAAUAAUUUUGAUGAAAGUUUAGUGAUUGGACUAGGAGGCUUUGGUAAGGUAUACAAAGGGGAGAUUGAUGAUGGCACUCUCGUAGCAAUCAAGCGAGCCAACCCCCAAUCUCAGCAAGGCCUGGCUGAGUUUGAGACAGAGAUUGAGAUGCUUUCGAAGCUCAGGCAUAGGCAUUUGGUCUCUUUGAUUGGUUUCUGUGAAGAACAAAAUGAGAUGAUUUUGGUUUACGAGUACAUGGCAAAUGGGACUCUUAGAAGCCAUCUUUUCGGGAGUGAUCUCCCACCGCUGACUUGGAAGCUACGAGUAGAAGCAUGCAUUGGGGCAGCGCGAGGACUCCAUUACCUUCACACUGGAGCAGAGAGGGGGAUCAUCCACAGGGAUGUUAAGACAACCAACAUACUGCUAGAUGAAAACUUUGUAGCAAAAAUGUCUGACUUUGGGUUGUCUAAAACUGGUCCUGCUUUGGACCAUACCCAUGUCAGCACUGCAGUUAAAGGAAGCUUUGGAUAUCUUGACCCCGAAUAUUUUCGACGACAGCAGUUGACAGAGAAAUCCGAUGUCUACUCUUUUGGAGUAGUGCUGUUUGAAGUUGUUUGUGCUCGGGCUGUUAUAAACCCAACCUUGCCAAAAGAUCAGAUCAACCUUGCAGAAUGGGCAAUGAAAUGGCAACGACAGAGGGCACUUGAAACCAUCCUUGACCCCCGUCUUGAAGGAAGCUAUUGUCCGGAGUCAUUGAAGAAGUUUGGGGAGAUAGCAGAAAAAUGUCUUGCCGACGAGGGGAAAAGCCGGCCAACAUUGGGGGAAGUUUUGUGGCACUUGGAGUAUGUCUUGCAGCUCCAUGAAGCUUGGAUGCGUACCAAUGCUGGAGACAAUUCUUUUACAAGUAGUCAGGCUUUUGGGGCUAUAGUUGAGGGAGAAGCAGAAGAGGGAGAAGGACCUCCGAGUUUAGAUGAAGAGACUGGUUGCAGCAGAAAGUCUACUACAAGAGGAUCAAAUGAAUCUACAGAAGAUGGAGCUGAGAUGCAUGGCCAUUGA